AUGUUGGGGGGGGCCCGGGCGGCGGCGGCGGCGCGGGCCUCGGGCCUGGCCGGGCUCUUCGCCGCCCUGGCCGCCACCCUGGCCAAGCUGGCCGUGGGCGCCGGAGUCCGGGACCGAGCGCAACCCCCGCUGCUCCGGAUAGUAUGUGCCAUCUUCAUCUUCGUUUCCAAUUCCCUGAUGUGGACCUUCUAUGCCAAAGGACUCAAUCUCGCCUCCUCUUCAGCCAUGGUUUCCAUUAUGACGACCACAGCCAACUUCCUUGCCACUGCAUUCUUUGGGUACCUGCUGUACGGAGAGACUCGCGCCGUGAUGUGGUGGGUUGGCAUCGGCAUGACCAUCUGUGGGCUCCUGCUACUGCAGACAGACGUUUCCUGUGCGGAGGGCGGAAGAGCUGCCAAGAGGAAAGAGAACUAGUCGACUGUUAGCCCAGACCAGCGUCCCAAGAAGCACGGCGGCCCCGUGGACCCGCAGAACCGAGGGGAGGCUCGGGGCUCCGUGGAUUUUCAGACUGAACCUUUGGCGAGAGCAGGGUUCCAAGACGGAAAUCCUCCUCUUCUCCGAUCCGAUCGCUCACUUUGACUCCUCGGUCUGCUUGGAGUAGGUUGAGGCAUCUGGGAGCUGAUGCAACGCCUCCCUCCCCAGGAUAUUGAUUAUAUCCGAUUAGACUGUAAGCCCGUCAAUGGGCAGGGACUGUAUCUGUUGCCGAUUUGUACAUUCCAAGCACUUAGUGCAGUGCUCUGCACAUAAGUGCUCAAUAAAUACUAUUGAAUGAGUGAAUAUUGGGAAGGCAAACGCAUAAGUGUGGAUGGUGACAUUAACCCCUGGUGAGUCUUAGUGGAGAGGGAAACCUUGAAACAGGGUUGUCAUCGGCUUUUCACCCGUAGAGCCCAAGCCAAAUAACGCUAAGGGAAACCAGGCUGCCUUCACACCACUUUCACAGGCCGUGAAAAAGUACUGAAAAAAAUAACAAGCGGUUCUGUUCAUCAGUUUUAACCACAGAGGGGUGGUGAGAAAGCACUUCCCAAUAAAUAUUUUUUCCAAGAAAGAA